AUGGCAGAGGAAAGAACAAGUUGUUCAUUAAGGGAAGCAUGGAAACAGAGAAACAAGGAAACAAAUAACCUGAGACAAGGAGGCAAGGUGCUAAGGAAGUGGGGAGGCGGGGAAAGGGGGGCAGAUCAUGGAAGCAGGGAAGCAGGAAAGCAUGGAAGCGGGAAAGCUGGAAAGUGGGGAAUUGGGGAAGCAGGGAAGCAGGGAAGCAGGAAAGCAAGAAAGCAGGCAAGUGGGGAAGCAAGGAAGCAAGGAAGCAAGGAAGCAGGGAAGCAGGGAAGCAAGGAAGCGGGGAAGCAGGAAAGCAAGGAAGCAGGAAAGUGGGGUAGCAGGGAAGCUGGGAAGCUGGGAAAGAAAGUAGGGAAGCAGGGAAGUGGGGAAGCAGGGAAGUGA